CACCACCGCCGGGUUAUUUUUUAUAGCUGAUAAAACUCUGGCCAUCAACGCAGCACGAACUGGCGUUGACUGACUCGCGAUCUGAGUUGGCCAGACCGCCAUGAACAGCAUAGUAGCGCUGGCGGGCACGUCGCUGCUCAAGUCGGAGAACAGCGCAUCGGUCCAGGACCUCGAGCAGCGCAUUCCCGGCUUCUCUGUGCUGCGCGACUUUUUCAAAAAAUGGCUGAGACUCGACCUCACAACGGUGCUCACGGUUGCCGCCUUGAUGGGGGCGGCAUCGACUGGCGCGCAGAGCCUGCAGGAAACGGGGUCCAAGAUCUACUGGUGGAUCGUCCGCUUCCUGACGGCCUCGAUCUCCAUCGCAGGAAACGACCGGCUCAACCGUGAAGUGCUCAACUGGCUGGGCGCCCAUGUGCUCCUGAAGAAUGGCACGCGUAUUCUGACGGCCAACUCGGAAACGAUACGGAACGACGCCUGGUCCUAUCGCCGCGUGUCCCAAGAGCGGAACGACUACCACCACGAAAAGCGGAUGCCGGUCCAGUACCUGCCGACAUUCGGCACCACGUGGUUCAUCCACCAGCGCAAUGUUUUCAUGGUUCGCCGCAUUCUGACGGGCAGCUCCCACUACCACAGCUCGUGGACUAGGACGCCAGACGAGUAUGCCGGGGCGCCUGAGGGCGACGAACCGCUCGUUGUGAUGUGCCUGGGGCGAUCGGUCGAACCCAUCAAGCGCUUUCUGAACACGUGCCGUGAGUUUGCCGACAAGCAGCGCGAGGCGUACAUCACGGUCCGUACUAGCAAGCGGACCUACGAUGAAACGUGGGAUACGACCAUUCUCCGACCGCUGCGGCCGCUCGAGACGGUGCACUUUGACGAGGAGACCAAGAAAGCCCUGGUUGCGGACAUCGAGAACUACCUGGACGUCAACACGCGCAGGUUCUACAACCGUCGCGGCAUCCCGUACCGGCGAGGGUUCCUCCUGCACGGGCCCCCGGGCACCGGCAAGACGUCGCUUUCUCUCGCGCUGGCUGGCAGAUUCGGACUGGAACUGUACUUGCUCCACAUGCCAAGUGUCCGCGACGACUCUGUCCUCGAGAAGCUCUUCACAGCGCUUCCUCCGCGGUGUCUUGUGCUGCUUGAAGAUAUCGACGCUGUUGGAAUCAAGCGCCGCGCCCGCAAGAACCUUAAGGACGACAGCAGCGACGACAGCGACAAGGAUGACGACAAGGAUGAUUCCGAUAGCGACAACGACCGGGGGAGAUCUAGUUGCACGCUUUCCGGGCUCUUGAACGUCAUCGACGGAGUCGCGUCUCAGGAAGGCCGAAUCGUCCUGAUGACCUCCAACUUUGCUGAAAAGCUUGACAAGGCCUUGGUGCGUCCCGGUCGGGUCGACAAGAUGAUCUACCUGGGUCACAUUUCGCAGCGCAGCGCCGAGCUCAUGUUCUUGCGCAUGUAUGGUCCUGAUGCGGAUGGCGCAGCCCCAGCAGACAGGACAGUGCAGCUUCCCGAAGAUCAGCUACAGCAGCUGGCGCUCGAGUUCAGCAAGAACAUCCCAGACCAAGUGUUCACCCCCGCGCAGGUUCAGGGCUACCUGCUCAACUAUCGUGAUUCCCCACUGCAAGCUGUGGCCAACAUCGGAAAUUGGGUAAAAGAGGAAGUCCAGCUGAUCGAGGCCGCAAAGGCGAAGGAGCGGAGGGCAGCCGAGGCCAGAAAGAAGAAGAGGAGGGAGAGGAGGCUUAGGAAGGCGGCCAAACUUGCCGAGGCGAUGCGGGAUUUUGACUCGAGCGACGAACUCGAGCAGCUGCGGCAGAAGAUGGAGAGGAAAAAGAAGAGGAAACAAAUGCAGGAAAACGCCGGGGCUGAGCCUGCGGGCGCAGGGGCGGAUGAUGCCGACACCGGGUCGCCCGAACAGCCCGGCAGCGACAAGGUCGUCAACGGCGAGAUGUCCAACGGACUCGCGAUGGACGGUCCUGCGGUUGCAAAUACCGUGAAGGAAGAAGGGUCUGUUGUGGCCGACGGAAACGAUGGUGACGAAAAUGUGGGCACCGUCAACGGAGAUGGCCCUGCUUCGGAGGAUCUUGAGACAGUCCGCAACGGCGCUUCCAGGGAGCUCUAGGAACACCAAACGAGGAUUGGAGCCAAUCAAACGGGGAGGACGGUAGUAGGCUUCUUUGCAUUGUGCAACUCAGAUCGAGGCAUGGUGUAGCGAACAGUUAGGGAGUGUCAUGUAUUAAUUUAAUGAAUUGCUCUCGCCGAAAGUGUCAACGCAAGGCCGCCAGUUGCAGUUGCCC